AUGCUGCGGCUCGCCGCGCUGCUGCGGUUCGGGAGCGGCCGCCGGUGCCGGGACCCCUCGGGGGGGGCUCGGGUCCCGUCGCUGUGCUCCGCGCCCCCCCCGCAGCCGGUGAUCGCCGCCAAGGAGCCGUUCCCGGUGGAGCUGCAGGCGGGGAAGAGCUACGGCUGGUGCUCCUGCGGGCACAGCAAGCGCCAGCCCUUCUGUGACGGUGCCCACAAGAAGGAGGCCCCGGGGCUGGCCCCGUUGCGCUUCACCCCGGCCCGGGACGGCCCCGCUCUGCUCUGCGGCUGCAAACGCACCCGGAGCCCCCCGUACUGCGACGGGUCCCACAAACGGCCCGAGGUGCAGGCGGCCCCGCUGCCCCCCCGUGCCUGA